GGCCCGCGGCGGCCGCGGCUCCCGCUCGGCUCCAGGCGGCGGCGGCGGCGGCGGCGGCGGGGGGGCGCCGCGGGCCCCCUCCUCGGAGGCAGCCGGCGGUCGCCAUGGCAGCGCGGCGCAGGUGAGACCCCAAAACCCCCGCGGGCUCGGAGCGCCGCCGGCCCCGCCGCGAUGGCGUCGCCAGCCGUCAGCCCAGACUCAUCGUCGCACGAAGCCCUCUCCUCCGUCAACUCAGCCCCGGCGUGCUCGCCCACCUCCGACUCGGAGAACCUCAGCCCCGACGAGCUGGAGCUGCUGGCCAAGCUGGAGGAGCAGAACCGGCUGCUGGAGGCUGACUCCAAGUCGAUGCGCUCCAUGAAUGGCUCACGAAGGAACAGCGGCUCCUCCUUGGUCUCCAGUUCCUCGGCCUCCUCCAACCUCAGCCACCUCGAGGAGGACACCUGGAUCCUCUGGGGCCGCAUCGUCAACGAGUGGGACGAGUGGCGGAAGAAGAAGGAGAAGCUGCUCAAGGUGGGGACGGCGCGCUGGUUUUACUUUAUUCUAACCUGCAGCAGGUGGAAACUCGUUUUCUCAGGGUUUUACCCCUUUUUUCCCCAGGAGCUCAUCCGCAAAGGGAUCCCCCACCACUUCCGCGCCAUCGUCUGGCAGCUGCUCUGCAGUGCCACCGACAUGCCCGUCAAAAACCAGUACUCGGAGCUGCUCAAGAUGUCCUCGCCCUGCGAGAAGCUCAUCCGCCGCGACAUCGCCCGCACCUACCCUGAGCACGAGUUCUUCAAGGGCCAGGACAGCCUGGGCCAGGAGGUGCUCUUCAACGUCAUGAAGGCUUAUUCGCUGGUGGACCGGGAGGUUGGAUACUGCCAAGGCAGCGCCUUCAUCGUGGGACUGCUGCUUAUGCAGAUGCCCGAGGAGGAGGCCUUCUGCGUGUUCGUGAGGCUGAUGCAGGAGUACCGCUUGCGGGAGCUCUUCAAACCCAGCAUGGCCGAGCUGGGACUCUGCAUCUACCAGUUCGAGUACAUGCUGCAGGAGCAGCUGCCGGAGCUGAACAUCCACUUCCGGUCGCAGAGCUUCCUCACCUCCAUGUACGCCUCGUCCUGGUUCCUCACCCUCUUCCUCACCACCUUCCCCCUGCCCGUGGCCACGCGCGUCUUCGACAUCUUCAUGUACGAGGGGCUGGAGAUCGUCUUCCGCGUGGGGAUGGCUCUGCUGCAGUUCAACCAGGCCGAGCUCGUCCAGCUGGACAUGGAAGGCAUGUCCCAGUACUUCCAGAAGGUGAUCCCGCACCAGUUCGACAGCUGCCCCGACAAGCUCAUCCUCAGGGCCUUCCAGGUCAAGUACAACCCCAAGAAGAUGAAGAGGCUGGAGAAGGAGUACGCCGCCAUCAAGAACAAGGAGAUGGAGGAGCAGAUCGAGAUCAAGGUGAGACGGGGUCGUGCAGCGGCGGCCUGGGGCUGCGUGAGCUGUCCCCGGGGACACUCGGCCCAUCCCGGGCCACACUUGGGGUGUCCCUGGGGCUCUUUGGGCCAUUCCCAGGGCCACUUGACCCAUCCCCAGGGCCACCUGAGCCCUUCUGGCACAGCUUAGCCCAUUCCAGGGCCG